UCUUCUCUGGGAAGGGACAGGGACUCAGGAGCUGCAACGGGCCGCCAUCUUCAGGCCAGCCCCUAGGGCGGGCAGGCCCCUCCACACCCGCCCCCGUCUCACCGCCGCCCCCACUGCGGCGCAAGCGCGGACCCAACCUACUCCUGCUCGACUCCUGCUCCGGCCCCUGCUCCUGCUGCGGCUCCUGCUCCUGCUCGGCGAAGGCAGCCGGCGGAAAGGGAUCCGUGAUGCCAAGCUGUGACCGUUCCUGUGGCUGCAGCCGUGGCCCCAAUGUGGAGGACGGCAAGUGGUAUGGGGUCCGCUCCUAUCUGCACCUCUUCUAUGAGGACUGUGCAGGUACUGCCCUCAGCGAUGACCCCGAGGGGCCCCCGGUCCUGUGCCCUCGCAGACCCUGGCCCUCCUUGUGCUGGAAGAUCAGCCUGUCCUCGGGCACCCUGCUUCUGCUGCUGGGUGUGGCAGCCCUGACCACUGGCUAUGCAGUGCCCCCCAAGCUGGAGGGCAUUGGUGAGGGUGAGUUCCUGGUGCUGGAUCAGCGGGCAGCCGACUACAACCAGGCCCUGGGCACCUGCCGCCUGGCUGGCACAGCACUCUGUGUGGCAGCCGGGAUCCUGCUGGCCAUCUGCCUGUUCUGGGCCAUGACCGGCUGGCUGAGCCACGACACCAAGGCAGAGCCCCUGGACAUCGAAGCUUAUGGCCACAUGGAGGUCUUCGGGGACGAGCCGGAGCAGCAGCUGUCCCCCAUCUUCCGCGAUGCCAGCGGCCAGUCAUGGUUCUCACCACCCGCCAGCCCCUUUGGGCAAUCUUCUGUGCAGACCAUCCAGCCCAAGCGGGACUCUUGAGUUGCCCACACACCAGAGGAGGAGCCAGACCUGGGGCUAAACCCUUCCUCUUCCCUGCCACACCCCGUCCUCCCAUUGUCUCCCCAACUUCUCCCUUUCAACAGGGCCUACUCCAUCUGAGCCCCAGAAGGCCCAAUUCCGGGUCAGAAAUUCUGGAGCUCAAAUCCCAGUGCUCCUUCCUCAGGGUAGGGCCCCAAUUCUUCCAAGAUGCCAACCUUCCCCAAGUGCUCCUAAAACUUCCCACCCACCUCUCCUUCCCAAGACCCCUCAGGGGCAGAAAACAUUUCUUACAACUUGUCCCUCCUCUUUCCUCUGUAUGUCCUGGAGCAAGCCCCUUAACUUUCACACCAUCUGUUCCUGCCUCUGCACUAUGAGUGGUUUGGACCAGAUUCUAGAGUUUCAUGACUUCCCAUUCAUUUCUUCCCAGGGUGUGAGCAAGGAUGGGAGGAGGGACAGAGGGGUCAUUCUCAUCCCCCAGGAUACCUCAGGAUGGGGCAAAGAUGCUCACUUGGGCUCCUUCUCCCAGGAUGGAAAUGUGCAAAGACAUCCCAGUUUCCCCUGGCAGUAUGUUUUCUGCGUGCAUUUUGGCAUCAGAGCUCAGUACGUUCCAUCAGGGGCUUGUAGAUGAGGUUGCCUAGGGAGGCUGAGAGGGGAUGCGUCCGAGGUCACACAGCAGACAGUCUCCAGGAACUCCAGCCCACUUCUUCCGACUGUCCCUGGGCCAACUCCUGUUCCAUAGCUGCAGCAGGGCCUUACCCCUUCCUGGUUCCCAGGGGACCCAUGGGGUGGGGGACAGGUUUGGCCCAGAGAGAUGACCUGGAGACCUGAUGGUUCCAGGUGGCUCAGAAGAUACUUUGGACAUGGAUUUAAAUGGAUACUAAGAACCAGGGGGCAGGAGAAAUGGGAAGUCUUUGCCCCUUGAAGUCCACCCACCUGGAAACCAACAUCCACAGGCUCUGACCCUGACUGUGAUAACCAAUGUGCCCUCCUGGCAGGACCCGCCCCUCAAUCUUACAGGCUCCCCAGCCCGAGUUGUCGUCUCCUGUGUCCACCACAAGGCGGAGCUCCAAGACAGCUGGAGAGACGCACUCACGGACCAACGCCCUCCACCCCCGGGGCCACCACCCCCCUCAGUCUCACCAGCGGCCUGGAGGCACCACCUGGAAGGGCCCUUGGUCCCCCCUCCCCGACCAGGCCAGGCCCUACCGCCCUUGUGUCUCACACCCCCUCUCCACCCUGCACCCCUUCCAGCCCGCCUUCUCUUUCAAUAAACAGCUGGGACGGAU